CCCAGAACAUCAUCCGCAGCAAUAUUCAGCAGAACAUGUAUAUAAUAAAACAUUCUCUGAGAAUCUUCAAUGACACCUUCCUUAGCUUCCACUCAUCGAAACCUUCCAUAAAAUAUUGCCCCGCCCGUGUUUCUCCCUUUGUUUUUCCCCCCUCAACCCCUCAUCAAUCUGGCUCUAUUAUUCAGCCCGAAAAGCGAUGCUGCUUGCUUAAAUGUGACAAAGUAUCACAUCAUCAUCAUCAUCAUAUCCGCACAGAGGGAAUCAGCUACUGCUGCUGGACUUAUUGGAAAACACUCAGUCAUUGACGCUGAUGGAUGAUGAUAAUGGAAUGGAUAAAUAAUUAAAGGAUCAGAUGCAGAAACAGUUGCCAACUUUCGCGGGAUGCUGGCUGCUUUGGACAAGUGGUACGGAGAGCAGUUCAACCGAGCCCAAGUCCGGAUCCACUUGUCGAACGCCUAUCUGAGGAUUUUCCUGGGCGAGCUGCUCGCCAGUGUUAUCGUCAUGUCCAUCGGACUCGGCAGCACUGCACAGGCAGUUGUUAGUAGGGAACUGGCCUUUCCCAACCGAACAGGAACAGCGCAAGUGCCGCCACCACACCCGGAGAGAAGCUCGAGCUUCCCGUUGGCGGGCGAUUUCGUGUCGGUGGCGGCGGCCUGGGGCGUCGCCUAUGCCUUUGGCGUGAUGGUGACCGGCGGCGUGAGCGGCGGCUUUAUGAACCCGGCUCUUACACUCGCCAUGGGGCUCUUUGCCCGCAUCCGACUCUCGUUCGUGCCGGUGUUUUGGCUCGCCCAAUACCUGGGGGCACUCAUUGCUGCCGGUGUAGUGGGGCUUGUGUACAAGGACGCGCUCUGGGCAGUCGACUGCCAGUUCGAUCACAACUGCGAGAGGACUUUGGUGACUGCAGAAGUGUUCGCGAGUUUUCCGCGCGGAGUCCUCAUUGGCCAGCAGAUGGGCAGCGUGUUGGACGUCCUGGUGGGUUCUUGCCUGUUUGGGUGCCUCACGUUUGCCAUGUGGGACCCGCGGAACCUGGGUGCUCGUCGAGAACUCGGGGCCAUCUUCAUGGGCCUCGCCGUCAUCGCCAUUGCCCUCAGUUUUGGAUACAAUUCUGGAUUCCCCAUCAAUCCAGCUCGCGAUUUCGCGGCCAGGCUAUUUGCAGUGAUGGCAGGCUGGGGCACGGGACUGUUCCACUAUUACGACUACUACUUCUGGAUCCCUGUGGUGGUUCCGCACAUUGGAUGCCUGCUGGGGGCUUUGCUUUACGAGCUCUACAUCGGCUUCCACUUUCCUUACUGGACAUUCAACAAUGAAAGCGGGGCUGCUGAGAUAGUCCACCCAGACGGGGAAUUGAGGGACCCUCCGAGCCCGCAACACCCACCCCCGACGGAACCCUACUUCCUCAGGGUGCUGGAGAAGGACGGACACGGGACGACGCCGCGCGACGACCGGUCCGUGACGUUUCUCAAGCCGCCGCCGAACACGCCGUUCUCGGCUGCCGGCGCCGAGUCGAACCGCGGCGCCGAUGACGCGGCCGGCGCCCCGGCGUCCUACAACCGUCCUACGAAAUCUGCAGCGUCAUCAGCUUUAUAGGGACGUAAUGAGCACAAGAUGGGCGAAGGAGGAUGAUGAUGAUGAAAAGCCUUCAUUUCAUUUCAUGUCUUUUCUCUUUCUUUUUCUUCAAUUCAAUUUUUGGGACGAAAAGAGCAGAAGAAGCGACUAUAUACAUAUUCCAGCAUUCCAGUUGUUGGUGGUGGUACUGCUGGAAGUUUCUUGCUCUUUUUUUUCUGUUUUCGUUUGAUCGAUUCCGAUGAAUCACUGCGUAUUUUUUCAAAUACUGUAUUGUAUUUCUUUUGCUGCUGUAUUGAGAUGAGAACACUGUAUGCCGAUUUUUUUUCUUCUUC